AUGUUAUACAGCGCCUACUCCCAAAAAAUCUCUAGUCCAGCUCGUUCACGCAAGGAGCCUGUCUCCUACUUGAACAUUAUGGUGGUGGGUCAAACAGGCACAGGCAAGACCGCCUUUGUGCGUACGUUAUGCGAAAGUCUCAAGCACACAAUCAUCCAAGGCACCCUAAAAGAAUCCAAGCCUAUGGUCUUAAAAGAUGCAUUACGCCCCACAGAUGAUUUGUAUACGGUUUCCAUGCAUGUGGAAGAAAACGGCGAACGUACGUCAUUGACUGUGGUUGACACGCCUGGAUUUGACCAAAGCAUCGAUAUUGAGCAGCAGCUACGAUUUGUGUGCACCUACAUUGAUCAUCAAUAUGAGCGCACAUUGAUUGAGGAAACAAAGCUACGACGUGAUGCCAAAGCUGUCGACACCCAUAUCCAUGCAUGUCUCUAUUUCCUCGACACCACUUCCAAGACCGAUCUCAGUGAUGUGGAUCGCUACAUGCUACGAGUACUCAGCUCACGCGUGAACAUCAUUCCUGUCGUUGGCAAAGCCGACACACUCACUGCCGUUCAACGUGAAACUAUCCGCAAGGCUUAUCGUUGGAAUUUUUUUGACACUUUCCACAUACCAGUCUAUGGCUAUAUUGAGAUUGAAAAAGAGGAUGAUUUGGAGCAAGAACAACAACAACAAGAACAAGCAUCCGAAGGUGAAGAAGAAGAAGAUGACCAGGACUCACAAAAGGAAGAAGGAGAAGAAGACCACCAGGAAAAGAAGCAACAAGUGAUUACUAAUCAUUCCGGUUCUGAAGUUAUGGAUACCAUCAUGUCGAUGUUAAAGGAGUAUGUCGAGGAAGACAAUGAUGAAGAUGCUCGUGCCAUGUAUGAAUAUCUCGAACAUUUCCCAUUGACGCUUGUUGGCUAUGAAGAGGAUCCUGAAACGGGACGACCUGUUGCCAUUAUGCGUGAUUCAUUGAAACCCCAAAAACAAGCCGACAAGGAAGAAGAUCAUCAACAACAACCCUCGUCACCACACACCCAAUCACGCAAGAAAGGUCGAUCCAACAAGACCGUAUUAGGUCGAAGGUAUCCAUGGGCUGUUGUCGAAUGCUGUAACCCGGAACACUGCGACUUUGAACGCCUCAAAUCCAUGAUCUUAUCGGUUCACCGUGAUAUGUUCCGUAUCGAUACAUUCGAACGCUUUUAUGAAAAGUAUCGAACCAAGCAGCUAAUGAAUCGUCGAUUCGAAGGUAGUCCUACUAUCAACAAAGGCAAAUUGACCAAUCAUCCAUCUGCUACCCAUACCAAAGUCCGUGCCUAA